AUGGCUGCAACGGUACUGGGAAAGCGACAUCGAGGCGCCGCUGAGUCGGAAGCCUUACCCUUACGGAGUAAGAGCAAGCGCCGAACACAACCGCCUCGAAUUCUUCGUGGAGACAGUCCACAGCCAGUGCUUCCAACACGCCAACUUCGGUCCCGGACAAAACUUAGCGACGAACUUGAACAGGAAAAUGGCGCGAAACUCAAAGAGAGUCUAUCUAGGGUUGAACGGGAAAAUAAGGUCAACGCACCAAGCAAUGAAGCGCCGCCCGUCUCGGACGAGAAUGCCGCACCGGUCACUUCGGGGUCAGACGACAAUGCCAAGGUUGCAGAAGUAAAGACUCCAGCAAAAGCCCGAUUUAGGAAUGCGCUUGAAUCGCCGCCAGUUACCCCAAAGCAUCGAGUACAAGUGGGUGGGAAAUCUUUUACACCCCGCACGCCCCGUACGCCACGACAAGCAGCGACUCCGACAACCGUUCAAACCGUAUAUACACAAGCUCGCCAAUUAUUUGCGCGGGGGGCUAGCUCUACUCGAAUAGUUGGUCGCGACACGGAGCGGGAAAAGCUAGCCUCUUUCAUCAAGAGCGGUAUGCAAACACUCAAGGGCGGGUGUAUGUACGUUAGCGGCCCCCCAGGCACCGGCAAAAGCGCCCUCGUUAGGGAGGUUCUGGAUGAGAUUGACCUCGGAUUGGUGCGAGUCGCCCAACUCAACUGCGCAAGUAUGAGAACGGCACGGGAUGUCUAUAGCAAGCUCAUCGAAGAUCUAUGUGACGAUGAUGAUGUGUUCAAAAAGAGCGAAGUCGAGAGAUUAAGAUGCAUGUUCAUCCCUGACAGAAAGCAGGCCAAGAAACACAGCAUGUUCCUAGUCAUGCUCGACGAAAUUGACCACCUCUUGACCGCUGAUACUGGAGUUCUCCAAUCACUUUUUGAGUGGUCGUUGCAGAAGGAGUCGAAAGUGAUGUUGGUUGGGAUCGCCAAUGCGCUUGAUUUGACAGAUAGGUCUUUACCACAGUUGAAGGCGAAGAAUUUGAAGCCUCAACUCCUUCCUUUCAUGCCAUAUAACGCCAGCCAUAUUGCGAAUGUGAUCAUAAGCCGCCUUCGGUCGCUGCUCCCAGACAAUCAACCCGACGACCCCAACUUCAUCCCAUUUGUACAACCUGCAGCCAUUCAACUAUGUGCAAAGAAGGUUGCAUCGCAAACAGGGGAUCUACGAAAGGCUUUCGAGUUGAUCAAACGAGCCAUCGACAUUAUCGAACAGGAAACAUUACAGAAGCUCGAGAAGCAAGCCCUGGACAGUCCGUCGAGAACGGUAUUGGUUGAAAACAUCAAUCUCUCGUCAUCCCCCAAGCAAGCGCCAGUAGUCCCAUACACGGUGCUUACUGCUCCCCGGGCUAGUAUUGCACAUGUGGCUAAAAUCACCUCUUCGGUCUUCGGACAGGGAACGGCACAGAGACUACAAUGUCUCAACCUUCAGCAAAAAGCGGCGAUCUGUGCUCUUAUGGCUCUGGAUCGAAAACGACGAGAAUAUGACGUCUUCGGAACUCCGUCAAAGUCGAAACAGUCGGCACCAACGGUCAAACAAAUCUUUGACGCUUAUUGCAAGCUGUGCAGGACAGACAACAUCUUACACCCAUUGACUUCAACGGAAUUCAAAGAUGUCCUCGGUAGCCUAGACACCUUGGGAUUAGUUGGGGAAUAUCAAAGUCGGGGUCGGGGUGGCACUGUGGCUGGCGGCUCGGAUCUUCGUCGUACCCCCUCAAAGUCAGGCGGAUCUUCACUGAACAAGGCAUUGGAUGAACAGAGCCUUGUCUGCUUCGUCUCACAGAGAGAGAUUGAAGGCCAGAUCACUGGGCCAGGAGAAGGCAUCCUUCGCAGAAUAUUCUCAGGGGAAGGCCUUUAA